AAGAAUAAAACCCUCAUAAGCUUCUCUCACUUCUCAGUCCUUUUUCACUACUCACUUCUCUCUCUCUCUCUGUCCACAUUAAUGGAUUCUCUCACUCUCUUCUGCACCGGCUCUCUAUUAGCCGGCGGCUUGUUCUGGUUCAUCUGUAUUCUCGGCUCAGCCGAACAGAAAGGAAAGCGCGCCGUCAACUUAUCCGGCGGCUCCAUAUCAAAAGACAACGUCCAGGACAAGUACGAUCAGUACUGGUCUUUCUUCCGCCGCCCUAAAGAGAUCGAAACGGCGGAAAAGGUGCCCGAUUUCGUCGACACAUUCUACAAUCUCGUCACCGACAUUUACGAGUGGGGCUGGGGCCAGUCCUUCCACUUCUCCCCCUCGAUUCCGGGCAAAUCGCACCACCAAGCCACGCGCCUCCACGAGGAGAUGGCCGUCGAUCUACUCAAUGUCAAGCCGGGAUCCAAAAUCCUCGACGCCGGCUGCGGCGUCGGCGGCCCGAUGCGCGCGAUCGCCGCCCACUCGGGGGCCAACGUCGUCGGAAUCACAAUCAACGAGUACCAGGUGGGGCGUGCGCGGGCGCACAACAAAAAGGCAGGGCUCGACGCGCUCUGCGAGGUCGUGUGCGGCAACUUCCUCGAGAUGCCGUUCGGGGACAACACAUUCGACGGUGCGUACUCGAUCGAGGCCACGUGUCACGCCCCCAAACUGGAGGACGUGUACGGCGAGAUCUACCGGGUCAUGAAACCCGGAUCCAUGUACGUGUCCUACGAGUGGGUCACAACCGAACUGUACGACGAAAAUAACCCGGAACACGUGGAGGCCAUACAGGGUAUCGAGAGGGGGGACGCACUGCCGGGGCUCCGGAGCUACAGCGACAUAGCUGACGUGGCGAAAAGGGUCGGGUUCGAAGUGGUUAUGGAGAAGGAUUUGGCGAAGCCACCGGCCAACCCGUGGUGGACCCGGCUGAAAAUGGGUCGGAUCGCGUACUGGAGGAACCACAUUGUGGUUACAGUACUCGCGUGGCUAGGAAUUGCUCCAAAGGGUGUUGUGGACGUGCACGAGAUGCUAUUUGUGACGGCGGAUCACCUCUCGAAGGGGGGCGAAACCGGAAUAUUCAGUCCGAUGCAUAUGAUUCUCUGCAGAAAACCUGAGACUAAUUAAUUGAUAGUAGUAUUGAAGAUGGUUAGUUUGGUGUUGCCUUGGUGGUUGUUAUUAUGUUUUUGUUUUUUCGUACUUAAUUUAGUUAAGAGUGUUUUAUGCAUGGUUGCUUUUCGAAAAUGUGGACUUGUGUUUUUGUCUAAUUUAUUGGAGUAGCUAGAUUGGUCUGUAUCAUGGAAGAAAGUUUCAUCAAUUAAUUUAAUUUUGUGAA